AUGGCACCGCAACAGCAGCCCGACCAGAUCAGCGUCCUCUUCUGCUGCCUCGGCAACAUCUGCCGCAGCCCCAUGGCCGAAGCGGUAUUCGCCGACCUCGUCACAAAGGCAGGGCUCCGCGACAGGUUCGCAAAGAUCGACAGCUGCGGCACGGGCGACUACCACGAGGGCGAGGAGCCCGACGAGCGGACGACGGCGCUGUGCAACCGCAAGAAGAUCCCCAUCGACUGCCUAGCGCGCGGAGUCAAGCAGGAAGACUUCCACACGUUCGACUACAUCCUCGGCAUGGACGUCAACAACGUACGCAAUCUCAAGAACAUGGCGCCUCGAGGAGCCAAGGCAACAAUCAAGAUGUUUGGCGACUUUGACGACGGCAAGCCUAUUGCGGAUCCGUACUACCAGGGCGGCAAGAAUGGCUUCGAGAUCACCUACGAGCAGGUGUUGAGGUACUCGCACGCCUUCCUUCGGGACCUCGGUCUGGGCCAGUCGUCGCAGCUCUAA